ACUAUUUCCUCACCUCAGACACACCGUAUCGAUAAGUUCCGAGUAUUCGUCACGGUGUGACGUCACCUACAAUUCCGAGGGAUGGCCCGUGCUUUUCAGCAUCGCGACGCAUCACCUCUUGUCCCCUUUUUCUCACCGUAAAUUUCCGCAAGGAACAGAAGCUCAAUCUCUCGCUGUCCGAUGCACGACGAUAAUGUAUGGUUCGCGAAUAACGCGAACGUGUUCGCUACGUAACACUGACGUUUUCUAGUGAAAUCGUGUACACGUACUAUACACCUCUGGACGAAUUAAUCAAGUGAAAACUCGGUCCUCUCGUAUAAGGCUCGCACAGCCCGAAGGGGUUUUUAUAGAAGAGAAUCGAAAAGAGAAAGAAAGAGAGAGAAAGAGAAAGAGAUUGUGAGACUGGUGACCCGGGUGCAAUGUCGUAUCACCGUGGGGGCCAGGCGGGCGCCGUAGCAGUCUCGUACAGCACCAGUCCAAUGGCGCCGCAUUCUCCUAGCAGACGAUGUUCCAGCGGUAACAGCGGCAAUACCAGUUCCGCUAUCGGCAACUCCGCCUCCAAGCUCAGCACCUACCGAUCUACUGCUUCUUCGUCGAUCUUAGAUCGACCGACAAACUUCUACUCGUCCUCGUCGACAUCAGGCAGCUCGGGCUUUCGUUCGAACUAUACGACCGAGUACAGGCGAUCCUAUUGCCCGUCAGGCAGUUUCUACUCGUCGGGCGCAAGCAUCCGCAGGAGUUACGUGUCGGAGUACAGCCGGUCUCGCACCUCACCUGCAAGGUCAGUUUCGUCGUCGACGUACAGCAGCACGGGCAGCAGCAGCGGCGGCGGCGGCGGUUCGUCCAGGGACAGAGCGCUGCCGGAGUCCUCGUCCAGGCUAGAAAUAGCGGCAGAUCUGAUCAGGUACUCGCCGUCCGGUUACGUACCGAAUAUCCGUCAAACGAGCAGCACCAGCAGCAGCGGCAACACCAGCGGAGCUCAUCAUCAUUACCAUCAUCAUCAUCCUCAUCAUCAUCAGUGGAAGCAUCAUUCGGCCGGUUCCGCAUUGACGGAGUUAUUCGGUGGCGACGAUCGUGACGUAGCCGUCGAACGCAGUACCGGCAGAGAUCAUCGUCCCGAGUCGUCGCUUUCCUCGUCCUCCUCGUCGUCUUCCUGCGCCGUCGGCGGUGCAUUCUGGUCCAGGUCGAAGAGAAGGCCACUGUCCAGCAGCACGGUGCUCAGCAGCGGCGGGCAUGCACGCGCGGACAGUGCCGCGUCGCCUGGCGAGGUAACGAUCGACGAGCGCGGCACGAUCCGCAGCCUAGACGAGGACGACGAUGACGAUGACGACGACAAAGACGACAAGGACGACAAUAACACCGACGACGAUCAACACAACAACAACAGCAGUAAUGGGAAUAACAGCAGCGGCGCGGAGGACGCCCGUGAUCCCGGACAAUACGGGAUAAACAAUAACGAUCGGGGUCACGAACGCGACCACAAACCGGACGACCAUCACCACCACGACGACGACAACGACGGUGACGACGAAGACGAUGACGAGGACGAAGACGAAGACGAUGAAGACGACGACGACGACGACGACGAGGACGACAAGGACGAUGACGACGAGGACGACGAAGACAACAAGCUGAACAACCGGCAUCAUCGGCAACAGCAACAGCAACGCGGUGCUGUCCAUCGAACCGACGAGGUUUCACCAGCUAAGCGUAACCUCUUGUCGCCUAUGCUCGGUGGCGGUGCUGGUUUGAUCGGUGUUAAGCUCGACUUGCUCACUAACCUAGCCACUAAUCCGAGUAACGGCGAGCUGCUGAUUAACAACAACGCUCAGAAGAUUAUCCAAGGUGUCGAGGAAGAGGAGGAGGACGCCGGGAUCAUCGAGGACAAGGCUGCGAAAGGCGGCGGUGAGGUAAUACACGGCAUCAACGACACCGUCACGUCCAUCGACGCGAUCUCUUUCCUCCGUGGUGGCCGCACCGGGGAUCCGGAGAGCCUCGACGACGGUGAGGAGCAACGAAACGCGUCCAGUACGUCGUACGGUAUUGAUCAGACCGGGUUCGUUGGCGGCAGCACGCCGCCUAUCUUGCAAAACGGCGUGGCGGGAAGACCGUCUGGUACCUAUGGAGACGACCCAUCCGUGCCUUCUACCUCCAGGAGACCGGAUAGUCACUUCUCGGGGACGACCGCGAACACUGCCAGUAAUCUGACCUCCUCGUCGCCCACUGCACCGUCCACGGCUCACCAAAGUCUCUACCGCGGGGUCGCCGACCAGUUUGAAGGAAGUCCGACAAAUAAAUCGGCACGUAAUCGGCUACAAGCGCAUCGCGAUGAGCGAUGUGGAUUAAACGGUUUACGAAAUAUCGGGAAUACAUGUUUCAUGAACAGUGUGAUCCAAUGUUUGAGCAAUACGAGACCGUUGCUGGAAUAUCUGCUGAACGAGCAGUACCUGACGGACAUAAACACCAGCACAAGCAGUAUGAAAGGAGCCCUAAUCAAGGCGUUCAGCCAGGUGAUUCACGAGCUGUGGGAGGUGGGCGGUGACCUCGUGGUUAAUACGACGGCGCUUAAGUCCCAGAUACAAAGAUUCGCACCGCGUUUCAUGGGGUACAGCCAACAAGAUGCUCAAGAGUUUCUCAGAUAUUUGCUGGAGGGUCUGCACGAAGACGUGAACAGGGUGACGGUGAAACCUCAACCGAUACACACGGAUAUUCCUGAAAUGUACACUGAUAGUCAGAAGGCAGUCGAGAGCUGGAAACGCUAUCUACGCAGCGAGGAUAGUAUGAUAGUGGAUGUGUUCGUGGGUCAAUUACGUUCGUCGUUGCAUUGCACCUCCUGCGACCACGUGUCGGUCACGUUGGAUCCUUUCUGGGAUUUGAGCUUGCCAAUACCGGCCAGAAGUGGUACAGUAAAGUUGAGCCAAUGUUUGGAACACUUCACGCGAGAAGAGGUGCUCGACGGUGACGAGAAGCCGACCUGUUCCAAGUGCCAGAUGAGGAGGAAGUGCACGAAAAGCUUCAGCAUACAGAAGUUUCCAAAAAUUCUUGUUAUUCAUUUAAAACGUUUCUCACCGAUGGAACGAUUCCGCAGCAAACUAAACGUGAUGGUAGAUUUUCCAUUGACAGGUUUGGAUCUCAGUGCCUUUGCCGCGCCCAGAGUUCCGGGUUGUACGUACAAUUUGUACGGUGUCGCGAAUCACUCGGGCACAACGCAUUCUGGUCAUUACACGGCGUAUUGUAAGCAUCCAUACUCGGGGGAGUGGCAUGAGUAUAACGAUAGUCGGGUAUCCGUCGUUCCAGCGCGAUCGGUCGUUUCCAACGAAGCCUAUGUACUGUUCUACGAACAACAGCCUCACAGCUCUCACUUGUAACCUUACGCCAUGCCUAGAGUAUAAAAAAAAGAAAAAAACGACCAUCUUGCCUCUCAAUACCUCAGUCCAGCAUAUAGUAUAAAAAAGGAGAAAACAGACAAAGAGAAAACAAAAAGAAUUAAUGAUAAAUGUAACUAUACUUUAUCGCGUGGUAUUGAAAAGCGACUAAACACUGAACAAUGAGAAACGCUAAGGUCGUUUUUAUCGAGCAUAAAAAACCGAUCGUGUGUAUAUUGUGUGACUCUUGGCGAUAAUCAUGCUCCAGUGCAGCCAAAAUUCUGUUUUUCUUCGUGGUUAGAUGUAACUCCAUCAAUUGCGUCCCGAUCAAUUUUACUUAGGCUUUUUUAGAAAUCAGAUGCUUUGAUGCGUUUAUUCAAAUACAAAGAAUCGUGAGUAAUUCUCUGGAACUUGAUAAGAAGACGCUAUGAACGAAGUAUUUUCGGAAGUUCAAGUUACAAGCAGAAAGUCCCACGAGGAUUCUCAAAUCAUCGUCUUCUCUUUCAAAUUUUCUAUCGCUUCUCUCUUUCUUACACGUUUCUUUCUUCCUACUCUCCUCUGUAUUGUUUAGUUUUUUUUUUUUUUUGUACGAAACGAAUGAUCAUUGUUUGAAGAACGAGAUUUGCCAGACAGCUUUAAGAUAAAUAUAAAUAGA